AUGAUCAGUGAUAACCUAAUAGACGCGCCGAGCACGUCCUUUUACCCAAAUGCUCCGCCCUCACCAUUCAACUCAAAGCCAGAAAAGAAAAGGCUCAAGAUGAGCGAGUUUGAAAUGUGGAGAUACGCCUACUCGCUAGUCAAGAAUGGUUAUAGCAUACUGGCACCUGAACCUUCUCAGAGGAGUCGCAGCUACCGCGAUCUCAUCCUACAGGAAAUGAACUGGAUGGCCAUAGAUUACUACCAAGAGAGACGCUGGAAAACGCACGUAGCAAAGGAACUUUCAGGCUCGAUUAACAAGGCUAUUCGUGACAAGAGAAAGCUCAAACGGGAUUGGCCAGCCAGACUCUGUUCCUACCAUGUGACCAAGUUCUGGUCAAAUUUGCAGGCGUCCAGCCAAAUUACCGAUGGACUACGUGAUUACUGUUCAAGACUGGUAAAGAAUACCGGCGUACCAGACUUGUCUUUAGAGUUUAUGGAAGAUGUUCCAAAUGAAGAGGCUGACCUGCUAGCUGUCACCGUGCCACUUUGCAAGAAUAUUUCUACAAACGUGGUCAAAGUAUCAAAGAAUGAAGUAAUGAAUACAACUGUAACACAUCUUUUGGGGCUGGGUGCGGAGCUGUAUCCGCAAAUUUAUAGGCCGCCAGAUGAUGAUUUGGAUGUCUUCACACUUCCGGCUCUACAACCAAAGCAUGAACACGAUUACAACACACUCAUGCUGCUUAUCCACACACUCAAGGGAAACAAUUCUCCAAUGAUACCAAAGCAUGAACAAUUAAAUGUCUAUGCCAAUGUGAGUCGAACUUUUCCUCCGCAGACAUCAUUUGGGUCAAUGCUACCCAUUAGACGUAUACCAAGGGAUGAUAUUGACCCAUUCUGUCUCUCUGUAAACUAUCGCGAUUUCAUAGAAACACCACCUGCACAACCCGCAAAUACACAAAAGCUUGUUUUAAAGUGGGAUGAAGUUGUUCCCAAUGAAAAUGACUUUGAACUAUUGGACAGUUGGAUGCUACGUGACUGUUGUUGGCCCCUAAUUUCUAUCGCUUUGAACUUGAGGUCAAGUUCUGGAGGCCUUUUGCGUCGUGAAUUUCACCCACAAACAUGUGAAGCAGUCUUUUCCAAGCUUUCAAGGACACCCCGCGGUUUGAUAAAUUCAUCUCGCAAACUAUUGGGGCCGAAGCAAUCAAAGACAAUCCUCUCUGUUAUAGAUCCACCGCCAAAACCAAAGCUUUUUAGACCCAUUAUACCAAUCGUAGAGUCUUUGCAUGAUAUGUGUGGACAAGACAAAAAAGGCUUGAAGGACUCUGGGUGUAAACUCCUUUUCGGAGAUUUAGUAGAUAAAAACUACAAGGGAGAUUGCCGCGUUUUUUCAUACAAUGUGGUGGGUACAAAGAGUUCAAAGUCAGAUGGAAAUAUUUUCUCAAAGUUAAGGCUCUACUCUGAGAGUAAAACUGAAAAGAAGCGUAUCGUAUUGCGAGAAGUCGCAACAGACAAGGUUGACGCUGCCUUGCUAGUGCCAACAUGUGUUCGCCAUGAAGUUUAUAUUUCAAAUGAGCACGAUGAGGUUGAUUAUAAUUCAAUAAAGGAGUUGUGCGCAAUAAAUGGUUCAAGGGAAUCUUUGAUGAAGAAGUUAGGAUAUAGUGAAUGGUCAAAUAGAAUUCGCAGACAAUUGAGAAUUGGAUUUUGGGGCAUACCUACCAAAAUGUUUGUCUAUUCCCUCUUUUACUCUGGAAGGGUGCGCAAGGAUUUCAGAGUACGUCGUGUUGCUCUUAGCAUAUCAAAGCUCGCACCGUCAAACCAUCUCUUGUACACCAAGAUAUUCGAACCAGAUAUAAAUUCAGUUUUGGGAAAGUCUAGAGCGUGGGACAAGCAACGAUCAAAGUCAUUUGACUCCCAAACUGAUUCUUAUUCAUCGGAACUAAUGCAAGGAUACAUGACAGAGCUGCAUUCUGCUCCAACGGAAGAAACCAAUAUUUCACAGGUUAUUGCAGCGUAUACCAAAGUAGCACUUGGAAAGGGGCAUUUGGCCUCACAAGGCACUUUUUCAGAUGUUAAAAUUCUUAAUUUCAAUAGUGCUCCAUGCACAGUUGCAUCGCAGUCGGAAAAUAAAAGAAAGGCUCAGCCAAUUGAUGUUACACCAAAACAGCAGAGACCAAGACAAUAUGAGCAAGUAGACAAGGGUGAGAUUCCAAUGCAAUUCCGUGCUCGUCCAAUGGAGAGCCCGCAAGUGAUGCGACGACCGCCACCAGUGCAAAUGUACAAUGUGCCUCCUCAAGUAAUGAAUAACAAAAUCAUAUACAACCAAAUGCCAAUGGGAUCACCGCCUCAACUACCUAUUCAGCAACAUUGGCCAACGGAAGAGGAAAUGUAUCACUAUAGAUUUAACGACAACACUCGUCAGCACCGUUAG